AUGACGCCCGGUUCCCCAGAUGAAGCUCUUCACUUUCGAGGCAAGACCCUGACUCCCGAGAGCCCUCGUCCGCUACACAUCGCGGAACCAGCCAAUAUUCCAGUGCUUCAGAAUCAAAUGGACCCCGUCUUCAACGAUACUUCGACUUAUGAGAAGUCCGAGUCUGCUGUUGAACACCGCGCCCAGCUGCAUAAUGAUCUGCCAUCCCAAUAUGCCCAUUAUGCUGGGUCUGGGGGGGUGCAAGGAAACUAUGGCUCCGUGCAGACUCCAGGACAAUUCCAAACUCAAACACAAGGUAGCUACCACCACUCUGGUGCAUUUCAGGCGGACGAUGGUUCAAUGAACAAGAACGCGGUUUCGUCUUCCCAUACAUCACUGCCAUCAGACCAAUCUGCAUAUGCUUCUUCCAUGGCCACUGCGACCACCUCUGCUGCGCAGGGUUUCGAACCAAACUCAUCUCUAACCACUGCUCCUCCAUCAGAUCCCGCCACCCAUAUAACUCACCACCCUUUCCCCGAUCUCCCUCCCUCUGCUCCCCAUGCUUCUCAAAGCAUUCCCAUUGCGAGCGAAAUAGACCAUGCAGCCUCCUCCUGGGCAGCUUCGUCGGCUCCACAGGAUCGCUUAGACACCCGCAACAGACCACAUAACACUGGUGAGGAUGGUGUGGAUUUCCAGAACCUCCUCGAUAAUCUUCCCCCUUCUUCCACCGCUCCUUCUGCCCCUGCAGUAUCUGAGGCCGUUCUUUUCGGGGACGUCUCUGCGGACCCUCAAGCAACUGAUGAAGCUCUCCAAUCUUCCCUGGGCUUGCCUCCUCGUCCCCCACCCCAGGAGAAGCCUUCCAUCCAUCCCAACUAUAACCCCAGCGAUGAUAUCCGCUCGUAUCAUCAGCUUCCCCCUCAUGCGUCUAACGCCCAACCCUCCUACUCUGCCCAGCAAAGUAAUUACCAGUCUAACCCCGCACUCCCUUCCUUGGCAGCUGCCGGCGCUCCAGGGACCACCUCGGGCGUCAGUAGCCUGCCCCCUCCUCCCGUGGCUAGUUUUCAGCAGUCCCCGCCGGCCACGGCGGAGGUGCAGACACCUUCCUCCCCAGUGUCCAAUAAGGCUGGGCGCGUGGAUAGACAGCAGCCUCGGCAAUCUAAAAGCGCUGAUGAUGAUGCCCCUUGGGGCCCAGAUGUACAAAAGAAGUAUGACGAGUUUCUACAUGAUGAGAGGGUAUACGUCACAGAAGGACUCUGGGACCGUUUCCCAGCGGGAUCCAGGUUAUUUGUCGGCAACCUUCCAACCGAACGAGUGACCAAGCGAGAUCUGUUUCAUAUCUUUCACAAGUACGGGAAGUUAGCGCAGAUAUCUAUCAAGCAGGCUUAUGGCUUUAUACAAUUUCUGGAGGCCCCAGCCUGCAAACAAGCGCUCGACGUAGAGCAAGGAGCUGUGGUGAGGGGGCGCAAAACCUUGAAAUAUCCAAGCCACAGAGAAAUACGAGGCCAGGCCCAGCUCCUGCAGAACCUUCCCGCGCUCCGCCGGCCAGGCGUUCGAGGUCUCCCGAAUACAGCAGAGGGGGUCCGUCCAGCAGUCGCAACCCUAGAGCUCCUGCAGAUCGCUAUGACCGACCAUACGAAUCACCGAGAGUUCCAUUUAGCGAUUUCAGAGAUGAGCCUACUCACCGUAGGCGCGAUGACUAUCGGCCUCCUCGAUCCCCGUCCCCUCGUGGCUUCCGCGGACGGGACGGAUACCGGUCCCGGGAUAGAACCCCAGAGCGGUACGAUCGACGGGAACGACGCCGGUCCCGGUCCCCCUAUGCCAGGGACCGAAGAUACCGCAGCCCCAGCCCACGGGCCGCGGUUUGCUAGAAAUUUCAUUUUCCACGUGGAAAAUGCAUUCCGCAAUAGAGGUCUUCGAGUCGAUGUUUUGGUGUUGGGUCCCCGAAUCCCACUGAAUGCGGCCGUUCAACGGCAGAUCAACGAAGGUGUUCUCGCGGUGGUGAGGCUCGCCCGUCCAAACCAGUUCUCCAGGAAGAUUCCUCUGCAGGUUUUCGAUCGAAGCGGGGGUGCAGACAACGUUCGAUUCAAUGAGUAUCCCGAUGUUGAACCGAACAUUGCCGCUGAGAUCGUCUUCCACGCGCAGUCAGUGCAGCGCGGUGCGCCUCCUACUCCAUUCCCUCCUAAUCCAGCUUUUGGGGUUCCUUCUCUGGCGCCUCCGCCUGUGCCGCAGGCCCCAUUGCCAGCUCUUCCUAAUCCCCCCAACAUCGCCAACCUAAUCACGUCCCUCGACGGACCUACUCUACAGUCUCUUUUGGGUGCGCUCCAGCAGCGGCAAGCAGCCGUCCCAACUGCGCAACAGCCAUUUUCUACCACAGCAUCAACACCCAAUGCCGGUGCAGAUCUCGCCAGUCUUUUGAGUGCAGCCACACGACAGCCUGUUCCCGCGAACCCACAACAACCUCUCCCUCCGCAACCGUUCCCAAUCCAAGCACCCAAUGCUCCAAUGGUAUCUGAUCCCAACUUGAUAUCACUGCUAGCCAAGGGCUUGGGAGGACAGCAGGUGCAAAAUCAGGCAACCGUUGGUCCUCAUGUACAGAACAUCAUGAAUCAGUUGGGCAAAUGGAAGCAAUGA